AUAAAUUACGUCAUGCUGAUAAUGAUAGGUCAGUCAGAUGUCAUUGUCAAACAUCCAAAUUUGUUAAAGUUAAGGUUUCAAGUUCCUCGGAGAUAAGAUAGAUGUUAGAAUUUUAUCAUAGCUUACUAAAGUAAUUUAUUUUCUUCUAUGUGUAUAACUUUACACAAGAAUAAAUUGAAAAAAAAAAAAACAAUUACUGUGCGGUUCCCAGUUUCCAUAGUUUUAGCCUUAGGAAGUGAUAAAACAAAACGCGAUUGGCAUGAAUGACAUUGACAUUUUUAACACAUGACAGAUGAUUCCAGACAAAUUAUCUUUUUGAAGACUAGGCAGCAUGGUCUCCGACCUUAGCCUGUUCCAAACGGAACAAACGUACUAAAAAAAAAAAAAAAAACAUGACAGAUGUUCGUACUUGAAAUCUCGAGCAUUUCACAGAUGGGAUCUUAAAAAUAGGUGUUGAAUUUACAGUUUUGUUUUUAUUAAAACAUGUAAAUUAAUAACGGAGAUAAUAAACUGACGAUAAAAACGUCUCAUAUGCCCCACAUGGGGUCUUUAGCUAUGGAUAGCGUUUGUAUGAAUCAUUACGAAAAACAGCUGUACACUGUGUUUAAGACCUUCGACGUAGAUAAUGAGGAAGCUCUAGACAGAUCAGCAGUAUUGAAACUGUGUGACGCGUUACAGCUAGAAGAUCGCGGGUCUGCGCUAGUUGACACACUUUUUGAGCGCUGUUCUGAACGUGUCACCUUCACACAAUUCCGCAACGGCCUUCUUUCUGUACUCGGGGGUGGAGAGACUACGCCAUCCUCAUCACCUAAGCACAUUGCGACCGAUACAUCACAGACUUUAGCAUCGACGGCUCCCUCCAGUGCUACUGUAGUUCCCGUUUCUUCGCACAGUGACGACGAUUCUUCAGGACGCGAAGUCGCCCCAAAAUUUGUAUUUGGCUCAAAGAAAUACGGCCGCCGCUCAAGGCCCCAACGUUCAUCUGCUAUGUCGGAUGAUACGCAUACACCAAGGGCUGCUUCAGUUUCAAGACUUGACAGUGAUAAUAAAAGAGCUAGAAGCUCUCAACGAAUGAAAUGCAGACGGAGUGCAUCUGCAAUGGAUAAUCGCAAUCAUGAAUUAAACUAUGAUGAUGAAACUACACAUGGUGAUUUUGAACAUGAUAGACGUAUUGACUGUGAACAAGCACUUGCAUUAUGUUGUGAACUACGGAUGGAUGGCAUAGAUCGUAGACUUAUUGAACGCAUAUUUGAAGAGUCUCCUUCUGCAGAAACUACUGUGGGUGAAUUCUUUGAGCGUCUUAAUGUGUCAUUGACAUCAUCAAUUGAGGGUGCACAGGAUACAAGUACUGCAACACCACUGAAUAGUGAUUAUGUAAUUGACCAUGAGACGGGUAUUCCUAGUAUGUUGGUUAUUGAAGCAUGGGAAAAUGCAGGUGUGCCUCGUCCACGGCGUUUAAUGUUGGAAUUAGGAUUUACAAGUUCAGUAGUUCGACCACCUGAUAUAGAGCAUGCACUUGAAGAUGAAAUCCGAGCUCUACCUGAACCAUUAGAUGAUAGAAGAGAUGCACAUACAAUGCUGUUAGUAGCUGCUUUAGAACUUGCACGCCUUAGACUAAAGUUUGCAAAACAGCGUGCAGAUGUCACUGCUGCUGAACGAGAUAAAUUACGAGCUGAUGUAGCAGAGGCGAAUAGACGGGCAUGCUUAUUGGCACAAGAUGUAGACGAAAGUCAUGCUCGAAUGGAAGCCGAACUAGCAGCGAAUGUUCGAAGAGCAGAGUCAAAGCAUGCAGAAGCUGCAAAAAUCGCCGCAGCUGAAAUUGCAGCUGAACGCGAACGUGCUGCUGCUAUCAAAGUCCUACAAGAAGCGGAGUUGGCGCGACGUGCAGAGAAUGAGGCGCGAUUACGCACUGAAAUAGAGGUUCAAACGUCACGGAUCUUAGAACUUGAGACUAGGGCAGCAACAGCUGAAAAUCGCGCGUCGUUGGCGGAGCGGGAAGCAAUACGUCUAGCAUCAGAGCUGACAGAAGCUACAGCUAGUCUGAAUCGCAAACAGGGUGCAGUAGAUGCUGGGGUAGAAGAUGCAUCAGCUACAGAGUUGGCAGCACGGCUCGACGACUUACGUCGCGAGAACAAGUUGCUUCGCGACCGAAACGAUGAAUUGUGCUGUGCGUUGGAGGCAAGGGCGCGCGAAGGGGAGGUGCCGCCUGUUGCCUACGGAGAUUUAUCGGCCGAGCUGGGGUCACUGCUGACAUCCCAACAUGCUGAGGAAUGUGACUCAUCACCAACCAGCAUCGAUCAGAAAGUGAUUGGACACACUGAGGCAACUAGGCGAUUGCGCUCUAUAUUUGACAGCGUUCAGGCAAUGCCGUCGCCAGCGAAGAAUGAAUGCCAGUCAUGCUCCACUCUAGAAGCAGUCAUCGCUGGAAUACAGAUGAAAGUUAGGGAAUUGAGUGACUGUGUUAUCCUGAUGGAAGAAGCGGAAAUGCCCCUCUACGCCACUACUGAGGCUUCCGUUCAAACAGAACCUUUAUCAGAACUUACCUCAAACACAAAAUCAGAAGGAGUUAAUUUGAUUAAAGAAAUGGAUACAUUAAAGGAGCAACUCGCCGAAGCCGAGCGGAGGCACAAUGACGAAAAACAGAAACAAUCUGAAUUAAUAAAAGAACUGGAGACCAGUUUGGAGCAAAUGAAAUCCGAAUACGACAAGUGCGAGGAGUACUGGAACAACAAGCUGGAGGAGGAGCGCGACAUGUACAACGAGGAGCAGCGGCUCGGCGACGAGCGGCUCGCCGAGCUCGUCGCCAAGAUCUCCGAGUACGAGCGGCAGUUCGCGCCCGCCGGCGGCACGCUGCCCACCAUCGAGGAGCGCUGCGGCCUCGAGGCGCAGGUCGCCGACCUCGAGGAGGAGUUCGCUACGUAUCGAAAAACUAAGGAGGAGGAGCUCCGCGUGCGGGACUCGGAGAUAGCGCGGCUCACCGAGCAGAUAGAGGCGCUGCAGAGGCGAGUGGAGGCCGCGAGCGGGCCAGAGGGCCGGCGGCGGCGCGGCGGCGGCAGCGGCGGCAGCGGUAGCGGCGGCGGCGGCGGCUGCGGCGGCGGCGGCGCGGCGUGCUCGUGCGCGUCGCUGGCGGAGCGCUGCCGGCGGCUGGCGGCGGAGCGCGGCGCGGGCGCGCGCGAGGCGGCGGCGCUGCGCGCGCGGGCGGCGCGCGCCGAGGGGCUGGCGCGGCGCCUGCACGCGCGGCUCGCGGCCGCCGACCUGCUCGUCAAGGACCUGUACGUCGAGAACUGCCACCUCGCGCACCGCCGCCCGCUGUGACCGCCCGCUGCGCGUCCGUAUGUAUCAUUCCAUGUCAAUACGUAGGCCUAGGGUUCCGCCGGUGACCGGCGACCGCCGACCGACGACGACUGUGUUGUGAUAAUGUAUCGUAUUUAAUGUUUGUUACUGUUUAGCGGUGUGCUGAUCGCUGACGCUGCCCGUAACUUAUUCCUAUGUUAUUACGUAUUUGUGUAAAUAAUCGAAGUUUACAGUGAGACGAUUCUAGAAAUAGUAGCCGUAUCUCCCUCGCGGGGACUUGUUGACUAGAUGAAGUUAUGACGAAUAAAUAAAUGUAUAUCAAAUUAAUAGGUGCCAUCCAAAAUACAAAAUCCGAUUCUAUAUAAUUAAUACGUUUGUAGCAUUUUGUGGUAGCCUUUGUGCAAUCUCGGUUUAUUAUUUAAAACAUGCCUCUGAACGCACUAUUUCGUUUCGGUCAAUCUUCAAACUUAAGUUUUUUGGCAGCUUGAUUGAUUAGCGACUCGUGGAAUUUAAAAGCACUGAAGUAAAUGAUGAAUGCUGUUUACGAUGCAAGCGUGACACAGUAGGUGAUAGUGUACUCUGGGCAAACUCAAUGUCUAGCUGUGAAAAAUAGCAUCAUGUAUUAUGUGUAUAUAAUACAUCAUAUGUGUACUGAAUAUAGCACGCACGGCUCACUGUAACAUAGUCACAUCUGCGCCUUGUAAGUCCUUGCAUAUAAUUUUUAGCCCCUAAUAUUUUGUACGGCUUUACAUAUCUGCAGAAUUAUUGCCUUUUCUUCAAUGAUAAAGUCAAAUAAUGUACGAACGUGCCUUUUAAUGUUACGAGAAUUAUUAUUAUAGUUAGAAGUAAUAAACACAUUUGUUUUUCGCCCGCUAUGAGUGUGGCAUUAUACGAAGCAUAAAGUUCAAGCUAUACGAGACUCACGGUGCGGAAGGAGUUGAGGGGCGAGGGGAGGGGGAAGGCUUAUUAAUUUUUUCAGUUAUUGAAAAUAUAAUUUCACACAAUUAGCAACAUGAAAUAAACUCUUUUAAAGAGUCGGUAUAUAGAAUUAAUAGUAAUGUAAAGUACGGUAUUCCAGACCUUUUCCCCUAUAAGAGCUCUAAAACUGCUCACUGAACGAAACUUGGCCAUAUAGACGUUUAAUUUUUAGUCAUACAUAAUGUUAUCCCCUACCUCCCCCCCCUCAUGCUAAUAUCUAUCGUGAAGUUUCUAUUAGCAGUUUACAAUUAUUUUUUAACAUAAAAAUAUUAAUACUUGUUCCUCUUAAUUUUAAUAAUGUUGCCUGAUCUAUAAAAUAUAAAUGUUGCUACAUUAAAACUUUGUCGUGGAAUUUUGUCGCUAGGUACCUUGGAUCGGUUUUUGUGUCAAGUACCUAAGUGACAGCACUGAGCUACUAUGAUAUUGCCAAAAUUACGCGACCAGAAGUUUACACGCCAUUUUUACGCACGAUACGAUUUUUACUUUUGGCGACGCCGACGUAAUUUUAUCAGAAUGUUUAUCUACGCUCUAAAAUAGCAAGCACCGAAAAGUGUAAUGGUUUUUCAUAUAAAUUAGCCAGGGAGAUUAGAAAUAAGCAAUAGAAUCCAAGUCGGAAAUUUUUAAAUAUAUUGUCUGAUAUUAUUUAUUUUUAAUUAAUUCUACAAUAUUUAUUAUUUGUACAAAUCUCACAACACAAACUGAAUGAUUUAAAAAAAGAUGGCUGAACAAAUUUUCACGUAACUUAUAAAGAUAUAUCAUCUUUAUCAGAAUCAUUUUUAUUCAGAAAAUAACAUAAUUGCCCAAUUUUUUUUUCGUAUUAAAACAAUACCGAGUUUCGAGCAAAGAAAAAGCAUUGUGUGCGUAAAUAUGGCUAACUUUGCUUGCGUAAUUUUGGCAAGUGUAUCGUUAAAGUUACUAGACAGAAUCUGUGAUUGAAUCGGAAUCGAUGUAAAUUCCUUGUAUAAAAGACAAAAUUGCAUUUAGUGUUUAGUUUUGAUUAUGAAACAUCAGUGAGAUUUCCCAUUUGCUCAAGAAACUUUUUCUUCGAUGGCUAUAAAAAAAUAUUAAUUAUUUCAAUGGAAUUGACGUGUGUUUAGUUUCUUUGGUGAUGAAUUCCUAAUUUGAAAGUAAUUAACAUACUUUAAAUAGGUUUUACACUUUUAUGAAUGUAACGCCAAAUGUCCUCAAUUGUGAGUAAGUUUUUCUGUUACGUUUUAACGGCCAAUCUGCUGGACUGAUAUGGAUGAAAUUUGACUGAAAAAUAGUCUGAGGUCCAAAACGGACAUAGGGUUUAGAAAUGCAAUCAAUAUUUCAAUAGGACAAAGUUGAGAGUACAGUUUUUUGUAAUUUUAUAUGAAUUAUUAGUUAGUGGACAAAUUUACAAUGAACAUCAUACAUUUUCUUUAAUAUUUAAUGAAUUUUGUAAGUAUGUAAAUGGCUACCAUCUUUACCCAUCCUCCUAUAAAUUAGAGAUUCAUUCUAAUUUAUUAUACACUUAGUAUUUGGGACUGAGAAGCUCAUAUACUACUUUUCAUCCUGGUCUUUCAAUAUGUCCCAGUCAUGUGGACGAAGUCGCGGGCAUGGCUAGUGUAAUAAAAAAAUAAUCUAUGGGGUCCAAUUUGCUUAUAUUUAUACUGUAUACAUAUAAAGUCAGAUUGUGUAAAAUCGUUAAUUAUAAAUACCAUAAAGUCUACAUAAAGGUUUUUCUAUGGCUCUCUCAAUAUGUUUUGACACAUUUCAAAUAAAAUAUCUCUUAGUUUUGACAGAUUUUUAAAUCAAACUGUAAUGUUAUAAUUAGUAUUAUUUCUUUAUCUUUCUAUGGAACUUUGUUAAUUUAAGUACAUUUUUUUUUCCUCGAUUUUGUAUCGAAGUAACGAUUUGUCCAUAAACUAAUAUUGGCGAUACCCUCUGAUCAUGCUAUCUUUAUAAAUUAUGCAUUUUAUGUAGUGAUACAUUUAAUAUAAUGCAGUGUAAUCAACGAGAUACGAUUACACGUCGCUUAAUAGUGAAUGCAUAAAAAAUCAACCUCAUAUUUACAAACAUUUCUCAAAUUUAAAAAUGGCUCAUGAAUAUUUUUGUAGCAAACUAUGUGAAGGCUCAUUUCGUAUUGUUUAUUUAUUAAAAUUGUCUACGAAUGAUACGAUACACACGAUCGGUAAAGCCGAGUUCAUUAUGUCAUUAACUUGAAUAACCAAGUUGUCUUAUUGGCUUGUCAAUUGGUAUGUUCUUAUCACAAAUUUAUAUAGAUCUUGCGGCGGGGAGAUAGGAUUGUUGAUAACGUCAGGUCGACUUCCCAUCGUCUAAAUACAGCAUGAGUUACUGGAAACUUACGUGGUUAUUUUUUUUUUGUCUUUGUUUUUAUGCAACUUAGAAUAGCAAACAAGCUGACGGCCCACCUGAUGGAAAGUGGUAACUGUCGCCUAUAGACAUAUAUUUAGAAACUAUCGUAAUUCUUGGUGAAUUUAUCACAAAGGGCCAAAUGAUUUGACUUCUCUCACUGGUGCCCUGUCACUGUGUACUUAUAGUAUUCAUGGGAUUACCAUUCUUUUCAACUAAGUUAAAAAAGAAGGAGCUUUUCAAUUCGAUUGUAUUUUUUUAGGUUUGUAAUUAGAACUCCGUCAAUUAUCAACUGGUGGUCUACCAUGAAAUGAAAUUCCGAAAUUUCUGGCUCAAUUUCGUGUUUUUGUUCAUACCAAAAUCGACCCAGUAAAUGGAGCUUAACAUUUUGUUCAUCAUAAAUCCUUUUCUAAUAGUCAAAAGAAACGAUAUCUUAAUAUUUUUAAUAAUUUUAAACAGCAUGUAUUAUGUAAUUUUAACAUCAAAUUUCUGUUUCGACCGUCCCGGAAAUUUGAAAUUUUUUCUUUUCUAAAACGAUGUAUUUACAGGUUUGUCCCAUAGACAUUUUAUCAAAACCGGUACAGUAGUAUAGUUUUAAAAUAAAAAUAAUUAUUUUUGCCACAAUGUUUUACUUUUGAUACUAAAUUAGGCCAUAUAGAGCCUAAUUUGCGUUUUGAAGUUCCUACAUGAAAUGAAUGCAAAAAAAAAAUUGCAGAAUUGAUAAAAACAGCAAGAUGGUUAUUGUAAUAUCUACGUAUUCUUAUUCUAAAUUUUGUCGUCUAAAAGGAAAAAAAAAGAAAAAAAUAAAUAUCAACGUAGUAUCUGUGGUCCAGUUCUGCAGUUCCAUAUCGUAUCGUUUGUAGACAACUUAACUAGUGUAAUAUAAGUAGAUAAUGUAGAAUUUUGUGGGUAUAUUAAGUGCCUAGUCCUCUGUUGACACAUUCGAUAACUGAAUUUGUUAAUUUUGUUUAGAUAUGUUUCAAUGUAUUCCUAUCUAUGUGUUAACAACGUAAUUAAUAACAAUUGCUUAUAGUUAUUAGUUAUACACGCUGCGUUUUGUUUAAUAUAUAAAUAUAUUCAUUGUGUACGUAGAAUUGUAAAAAAAAAAAAAUCUAGUGGUUCUUAAGAACCUAAAUUGUAGACUCUUCCUCUGAAGGAAGUAUAUCAGUAUGAGGUUUAGAACAGGUGGUCUACCAUGAAAUGAAAUUUCGAAUUUUCGGGCUAAAUUUCGUGUUUUUGUUCGUACCGAAAUCGACUCAAUAAAUGGAGCUUAACAUUUCGUUCAAAAUAAAUCCUAUCCUUAUAGUCCAGAGGAACGAUAUUUUAACAUUUUUAAUAAUUUUAAACUGCAUGUAUUAUGUAAUUUUAACAUCAAAUUUCUGUAUCGUUCGGCCUCGAAAUUUCGGAAAACAUUUCAUGGUAGGCCCUCUGAUCCAAGUCGGAUUUAUAAUAACCUUAUACAGCAUUAAAAAUUAAUCUACAUGUAUUUAUGCUCUCAUUAUGAACAAUUGACCUAUUCAAUACUUAAUGACUUCAAGUCGAUCAGUACUCAAAUUAGAACUCCACUAUUUUUAUAAUCUUUGUUGUUAUAUUUACUUAUUAUAUUUACAUAAUUAAAUGGAACGUAUCGAAUAAAAAUGACAAGUAUGACGAGGCAAUGGCGUACCCCAUUGUCAUUAGAAUUACGAUCUUAAUAAUUUACUUCAUUUUUCUUUUUCAUUCAAUAAUAUAAUUAAAAUAUUUAUCCCUAGUAGGUAUGUGUUUAUGUUAGCUGGACUGACUACGACUCCGCAUUAUGCUUUGAAUAAAAAAAAAAAAUUGUAUUAACUUUUAAAAACUAAUCAACAAAUUUAACCUCAGUAUCGAUACUGGUUAAUUUUGCUAGUCACUGAAUGGGCGAGGAAUAUGGCCACUGUGCCUUAUCCAGUACUGAAUGCAGGUGUAACCUCGGUUGCUAACUGGUUCCCACGGCGGACUUAAGGCGGGCUGCAUGGUCGCGCCACGACAGACCGUGGGAUCUCAGUGUAAACUUUAUGGUAAUUGGAGAGAAUUUCUUUUGCUUUACUUUGCCUUGAAUGCAGUAUGCCGUGACCACACUUAGUGCCUUGCAGUUAUGAACUUUCUCAUUGUUGAAUUAUUAUCAACUUCGUUCAGAAGAGCAAUAGUUGUGCGACGUGGGACUUGCGACCUCAUUGUGGGUAUUAUAUUUAUGUUCGUACCCACGCUUAAGUGUCUAUGCCUAUACCUACUAUCUCGAAAAGUUACAAUAGAAGUGUAAUAAGGCGACCGGUUCACGAGUUCACCAUGUAAAUAAUUUCCAACUGCGAUUUCUUCUAUAUUAUCUAUUUAAGUCCAACGUGUGGUCACCAUACGCAUGAAAUUGUUAUCUAAGUAUUUUAAAGUUAAUAUAUUUAUAGUUUUCGAAUGCAAUACAUUAAUUCAUCCCAGAGCGUAAGGAAAUGUUUAGUGAUUCUUGUAUAUCUCAUUUGUAAUCCUAUCUUGGUUGGUCCUGUAAAUUUUUAAUUUUUUUUUUAUAUAUGGUAAUAGUCUUGGCAUGCCAUUUUUUUUAAACUGUUAACAUUAAACAAUAAAAUAGACAAAAAUAAAGUUAUAAACAAUUAAUACAAAAACCUUUUUUAUUCUAGUUAUUUGCCCUUUUUAUCCGUUUCAAAUUUAAAGCCACGCCAAGAUUGUUCGAAUGGUAAAAAUCGUCUUAAUCCAAGUGGUCUUAAUAAAAACUGAUUACACAUUUACACGUAUUGAAAAUGUUUUUUUUUAUAAAUUAUUUAAGGCAGAGACCUUACACAACUAAUGCUAUUAUUAAUCACUUUGUAUUCACUACGUUUACAUAAAGAGAUGGCUAUCAAAUUAAAGAUAGGCAUAUCAUUUAUCAGGGUUAUAUUAUUGAGUACGAUAGUAAAUGGUUAUUAUUAAGUCAGCUAAUUGCAGCCUACUUGCGGAUUUGUUACCUUUUUACUGUAUGGUAUAUUCGAUCUGGCCAUAGUUUGUGUUAUUGUGUUUAUAUUAAAGUGUUGAUCCAUA